GGAUUGAGGGGGGACAGAGCCCCCCGGGGGAGGGGCCGGAUGGGGUGUCAGAGCCGCAAGCGGGGCAGGGGAGCGGGGAGCCGCCCGGCCGGUGUCCGCGUCCCUGCCGGCGAGAGGCGACACAAAAGGUAAUUAGGCGGCUCGUAAUGGAGCGCAGUGGGUGCGGUGCGGUGCCAGCGGCAGAGAUUGCAGUUCUGCCUGGGCAGCGGACGUCAAAGUCUUCCCUCUCGCUCGCUCUGCCCUCCCCGUGCAGGACGGGUUACCGGUGCAAGGCUGGUAAAACAGUCAUCCUGAUACUUUGAUUAAAGGAGAAGAACCCUAUUCUCAGCCAAGAAUAUACCAGUACACUGUGUGUGCCUUUUAGUGCCUCGGAACGUAAGACAAACUCUCAUUCUGUUGUGGACUGUGAUCAAGCAAGAAAAGAAGUUAGCGUCCGUGUUGGAGGAGUGACAGAUAAAACGUCAAAAAAGACUUACACAUUUGAUAUGGUUUUUGGAGCUCAAGCAAAGCAGAUUGAUGUAUACCGGAGUGUUGUAUGUCCUAUUUUGGACGAAGUUAUUAUGGGCUACAACUGUACAGUGUUUGCUUAUGGCCAAACUGGUACUGGUAAGACCUUCACAAUGGAAGGGGAGCGGUCACCCAAUAAGGAAUAUACUUGGGAAGAGGAUCCACUAGCAGGUAUAAUACCCCGUACACUGCAUCAAAUAUUUGAAAAACUUGCAGAGAACGGUACUGAAUUUUCAGUGAAGGUCUCUCUUUUGGAAAUCUAUAAUGAGGAGCUUUUUGACCUCCUGAAUCCUACAUCUGAUGUUGGAGAAAGACUGCAAAUGUUUGAUGACCCUCGAAACAAGAGGGGUGUAAUUAUUAAAGGCUUGGAAGAAGUAACUGUACACAACAAAUAUGAAGUCUAUCAAAUCCUGGAAAGGGGUGCAGCAAAAAGAACGACUGCAGCUACCUACCUGAAUGCAUAUUCAAGCCGUUCCCACUCUGUGUUUUCGAUUACCAUCCAUAUGAAAGAGACAACAAUAGAUGGAGAAGAACUUGUUAAAAUUGGAAAGCUAAAUUUGGUUGAUCUUGCAGGAAGUGAAAACAUUGGUCGAUCUGGGGCAGUUGACAAAAGAGCUCGUGAAGCUGGAAAUAUCAACCAGUCUCUCCUGACACUAGGAAGAGUUAUUACUGCUCUAGUAGAAAGAGCCCCACAUAUUCCAUACAGGGAAUCUAAACUCACAAGGAUCCUUCAAGACUCUCUUGGAGGACGAACAAAAACAUCGAUAAUUGCCACAGUUUCUCCUGCAUCUAUAAAUCUUGAGGAGACACUGAGUACACUGGAAUAUGCCCACAGAGCAAAGAACAUAAUGAACAAGCCUGAAGUUAAUCAGAAGUUAACAAAAAAAGCCCUUAUUAAGGAAUAUACUGAAGAGAUUGAGCGUCUGAAGAGAGACCUUGCUGCUACACGAGAAAAAAAUGGGGUCUAUAUUUCCCUUGAAAAUUACGAAGCACUUAAUGGAAAGCUGACGGUUCAGGAAGAACAAAUUGCAGAAUAUAUUGACAAAAUUGCUGUCAUGGAGGAAGAAGUGAAAAGAAUCACGGAACUGUUCAAAGUUAGUAAAAGUCAACUUGAACAGUGUAAAACGGAUCUGCAGAUAAAGGAGAAAGAAUUGGAGGAAACGCAGAAAGAUCUGGAAGAAACUAAGGUUCAUUUGGCUGAAGAAGAAUAUGUGGUUUCAGUUUUGGAAAACACCGAACAAAGACUUCAUGGCACAGCCAGCAAGUUACUUAAUACAGUUGAAGAAACUACAAAAGAUGUGUUUGGUCUCCAUGCAAAACUGGACCGUAAGAAGGCUGUUGAUCAACACAAUACUAUUGCCCAAAAUACAUUUGCAGAACAAAUGAAUGUUUUGUUCAACAAAAUACAAGGUUUGGUUACGGAAAACAGUUUGAAGCAACAACAGAUGUUGACAUCUUACACAAAUUUUGUAGGUGACCUCCUGUCUACCAGUUCUUCAGCAGCUAAUAUUCUCGCAUCAAUUGUAUCAGCAUCUUUUGCCUCUGUUAAAGAAUUGGUGUCUACUGAAGUUUCUCACGUGUCUGAAAAAAUAAUACAACAUGAGAAUCUGUCACUUGAUUGUAAAGCUGAGCUACUGAGAUUAAUUGAGGAACAUACAUCUGGAUUAGGAAGAGCAUUAGAUGGCUUGACACCAAUGGUACAAUUUGUCCUGGGAGUAAAGUGUCAAUUUCAGAGUAACUUGAAAAAAUAUUCAGUUGUGGCUGACAAGAUGGAACAUCAUAAAAAGGAAAUGGAUACCUUCUUCGGAGAUAUUUCUCUUACUCUGAAAAAAUUACAGGAAGAAACGACCAGUGCUUUUGCUCAGCUUCAAAAUGAUUGUGAGAAUUUAAAAGAUGAAGUAGAAAUGACGAGGUCGGCACAUGCAAAGAGCACAGUUGAAUUAAUGUCCUCACUGCAAAGCCAGCUUGACCUGUUUGCACAGGAGACUCAGAACAGCUUUGCUAAUGUACUCACAAAAAAUGAAAGUUUGAAGAACACCGUCACUGCUGUGCAAGAAAAUGUUCACUUGAAAACUGCAGACCUAGUCAGCAGUACAACUUCCAAUCACAGGAAAUUUACUACGUCUCUGGAUAAUUUCUCUCAAGAGCUCAGGAUCUUAAAUACUGAAAACAAGAUGAUGCUGGAAGAAUCCACUGACCACUGUCAACAACUUCUUGGCAAUCUCAAAAGUCUCUCUCAGGAUACUGAUAAAUGGGGUGAAUUUACAACUGCUCGGAUAGUAGACUUCACCAAUCAGCAACUACUGUCCCUCAGUGAUGACGAAGAGCAACUUCAGGGUUUACAAAAGAAAAAUGAAGAGAACUGUGAUAAAGCAAUAGCUGAGGUUGCUGACUGUAUUGAUAGACAAAAGGCUGCUGAGAAGACGGUACUAAAUGGCAUUCUUGAUCAGAUAAAUGUUGAUCUGGAGAUACUUCUGGAGCAGAAGCUAACACUCAAUGAUCAAGCACAGCAUGGACUGACUCAGCUUAACAGUUUCCUGCAAGAGGCUCUUAAAGUGGAUAUUCCAACAGGGACAACUCCACAGAGAAAAGACUAUUUCUACCCAGUUACGCUUGUGAGAACAGAGCCCCGGGAACUUCUACUGGAGCAAUUAAGGCAAAACCAACAAAAGCUUGAUGUGAUGAUAAACAAUGUGUCAAAGGAGGUGGAGCAUAAUGCAGAUCAGGGCAUGUUGGAAGAGGAGGAAGGGUUGCAAGAAUCUGGUGAAAGCCUUGCUAAUGACAGAUCAUUAGACGAUACAGAUGUAUGCUGCCAUGCAAGUGGUGGUGUUCCUUUUUUCCAGCACAAAAGGAGUCACAAAAAGGAUAAAGAGAACAAGUCUGCAGCUACAGUGGGGAAGAACAAAAUAGAAGACAUGACGGAACCAUUUCUUCCUAAAUUUAAGCCUCCUUUAAGAUCACUGAACUAAGCUAUAUCAACUGCAGAUCCUGGUUUUGUAAUGCUUCUAGUUGUCUACUGAGCCAUAACUUUCUCUGGUUAUUCUCGGUCUCUGUAUAUAGUACUAAGUUGAUGCAAAGUUGGAUCUAAAGAUUGGCAUGCCAGAUGUCCUGCGUUUGCUAUAUGCUGUAACUUGCAAAGUAUUAACAGACUCUCAAAAAAAAAAAACAUCCUACAUAUUAUGGUGCUAUAUAUUAAAUAGACUUUUGCCUUGAUAAAUAAGAUCACUUUCUGUUUCUCAGUAGAUCUGAAGCAGAAUGGAAAGGGAUGUAGGGAAAAUGCUACCAUUUUAUUUUUUUAAUUAACUGUAAAUAUGUGUUCUGGUUUUGUACCUGCUUUUUAGUCUUCUGUUUCUAUGAAGUGGAUAGUUGUCUUAUAUCUGGCAUAGUUCAAAUAAAUCUUUGAUGAUUGGAAAACAAAUGUAUAAGCACCUACCUCAGUAAAACAAGCUUACGUGACUUUCAUCUUAUAUUACCAGGUUUAAUUUGGCUAAAACAUUAGCAGCUAUGUUAAGUCUUGUGCUGUCAGAAUAGGGUGAUUCACCCUUGUUUCAUAAUAGACAGAAUAACUUUAUUUCAGUGCUUCUUCAUAGGAUCAUAGAAUCACCGGGUUGGAAAAGAGCUCUUAGAUGAUCAAGUCCAACCAUUCCCAUUUACCACUAAACCAUGUCCCUGAGCACCUUGUCUACCCAUCUUUUAAAGACCUCCAGGGAUGGUGACUCCCUAAGCAGCCUCUGCCAGUGGCUGAUGACCCUUUCUGUAAAAAACUUUUUCCUGAUGUCCAUAAUUUUUUUUUCCUGAUGUCCAUUCUUCAGUAAAUAAAAGUUAGUCUCACUGCUGAGUUAGGGUUUUUUUGUUUUGAACCUCACUGUUCUUUUUUUCUUAACAUGCAGCUGUGAUGCGUGGGCUUGGAUAUGCUGUUGUCAGCCACAGCUUAUGUAUUGUAAACUGGCAGCAUUUUUUAUAUCUAUAUAGAUACUUUACAUUAAAACAUGCAAGCUUGGUUAUAAAGGUAGCUUCUAUGUUGUGUAACAGUGAACUUCCAGUAACUGACAGUACUGUUUGACCAGCUGCUUUUUCCAUUGUGCUUACUUGAGAAUUUGAAGAGAACUUCAAGCUAUGAUGUGCUAAAAAAUUAGAUGAAUAGGAUUAUGAUGAUGGGAGGGAGGAAAGACAGUGGAAGGCAGCCUUAAUUUACAUUGAGGCACUAUUCUUAGCUAGUUGUCAAAACACGAUUUAAGAGAGUGUUAGUUUUUCUAUACCUAGCUUGCAGGCUUAACCUGAUCUUUCUUCACUCACACAGGUGGUCCAAGCCUCAAUUUCUCUUUGAGAAAGUAAGCCAACUAGAUGUACUUUUGGAACUGUUCAGACCAGCACACUACAGUCUUGAUAAAGAUAGAAAGAUGUAAUUUGAAGUAUGCCUUUGCAUUGAUUCUAUGAACUGUAGUGAUUUUUAGGGGGAUGUUAUGAUGCCUUGGUACCUAGCCUAUAUACCAAAUCUUUCUAUUGCAAGGGACUUGAAACACUGGAAGCUGCAGGACUGUCUCUUUCAGACAGUCUUAAUGGAGUUAAGAACUUUCCAGGGCCUAGGAUCCAUUUUCUUGUACCAUGUGCCUGUUAACGCUGACUAGAUAUGAGCAUGAUCUUCCAAGACUGUUCAAGAAAUCACUUACUGACUGAAAUUCUACCAGAAGAGUUAAUCCUAUAUCUGUAUUGAAAUGGCCUAUGCCCCAUGUGUAAGCCUUUCAUCCUGCUUCCUUUUCCCUAUGGAAAUCUGCCUUAGCGAUUUGGUUUCCCCCGAUACAGGCACAAACUGCUUUGCUAACUGGGAUCCUUAACAGCUGUAUGAAUUUAAUAGACAGUUUGCAUGCCUUUUUUUUCUUUCUUUCUAACGGACCCCUCAGAGUCAUGUUUUCUUGUGUUUGCAAAGCUGGCAUGGCAGGUCAUUGUUUCAUUGGUCCUGCUACUUGGAGAUCACACCUGAAAGCUGAAUAGGAUGAAAAAUGUGGACACAGAACCUGCCUCGGUUCUCUGUGUCUGGUCUCCCACUAGAUGGCUCUAACACUGAAGCGUCAGUUCAAGGCUCUAGUCCUGGCCACAAACCAGGACUUAGAAAUAAAUAUUUUGCCAAGCUCUUUUUGUCAAACAUCCAUUAAAAGAAUAGGUUUCAAAAAUGAAUAUCAAAUGUAUGCUUUCCUGAUGAUAACUAUAUUUGAUCUUGGGCAAGGCAUUAUUUUAUGAAGUGUUGUGUUUGAGAAGAUGAUGCAUCCUACAUCAUGAGCUUUGCUGGGGGGCCAGUAGACACUUGGUAAUUAAAUCAUUUUCCUUACAUGCUCUCUAGGUUCCCCACCAGCUGGGUAUCUCCCAAAGCAGAAGCAAUGCCUGUUUGCUUUGGUGUAUUGUACAAUGUACUAUAGAAGGAUAAAAGGAGGAAAGAAAAAUAAAGCAAGAGUUGUUUCUUGUACAUAGUCACUAGAUUUGCAGCUCUAAUUCAGAGGGAAGAAAUGGCACAGUCCAGGCUAGCUUACAUGGUGGUUUCAAUUUGUCUUGUUGUAAGGUGUCCUUUAUAAGAAGAGGAGGAAGCUUUUCCCACUGAGUAAAUAGGAAGGUUGUACCCUGACUGAAUCAGUCCAGCUGAGCUGGAUGACCCUUGUGACUGGGGCUGUAGUACAUGGCCAUGUUCUGAUUAACUUGAUGAGUUUUCAGAUUCUGAGUUGGUGGCCACAUGGGACAGCUCUUAAUUGAAUGAAAUAUAAUGAGGGUGAUAUGGGGAAAUGAAAUGAGGAAAAGUAUGAGUUUAAAUGCAUGUAAAGGGAGGAUGGAGAGAAGCUGAUAAGAGGGUGACAGGAAGCACAGGGAAUCGGAACCACCAGUUUGCUUUUCAAGUGAAAAAUGAGCAAUUUAGGAGGAAAUGGAGGAUAGGAAACUUCCUGCUUCCUCAUGUAAGCUGGAGAGCUGCUGCACUUGCUGCAUCAGAGUUGUUGGGGGAUGCAAUGUUUAUUUGAAGAGAGGAAAGAAGACUAAGCUGACUGGCUGCUAUUGAUGGGUGGUUUUAUUCUGGGUAUCAGAAGCAAUUGUGUGGGUCUAGAGAAGAGUGAGGAGAAGGUGCAUAGUUGCUAGACACUGGCUUUCUCUUUUGCUGUUAGGUGUCUGUCGCCGUUGCAAUCACCUGUUAAAUAGGUGGAGGAAAUGAGGACGCCUGUAACUCUUCAGGGUGAUAAAAGAAAAAAUAAAUCUAGAAGGAAUUAGAAAAAUGAAAUUAAAAUUUAACAUUCCUUUUCUAUCAAAAAGAGAUUGAAGGGAAGAAACAAAGAGUUAUGGUGUUACAGAACAUUAAAAGCAGGAAAAAAAGAAACACAUUUUAAAAUAUAUAGUUGAUAAAUAUAUACUUUUUAAACAAGUGUUUAUAAGUAUUUGACUAUUUUUUUUUUUCUUUCCCUAGUAGAAACUACUUUUUAUGGUAGGAGGUAAUGCUCUAUAAACUGCACGCCCACCCACGCAGUUACUUUAUAAAGUUAAAUAACGAUAAAUCAUGCUAGGCUUUGCAUUAGUGGGCUUUAUGUGACACAGUAUUAUAGGUGAGAUGUAGACCACCUAGCAAAGCCGGCUGUUCUUGUACUUUGAACACAAACUCAAUCCACAGCAGCACUGCUAAGUUCAAUCUUGAAAAUGUUAGAAGUAUGAACACAGUGCCACAAAGUGAACGUUUAAAUCCCUAGAGAACCAAAGAUGAUUUUAGAAGUAUUCUGAACAUAGGGAUUUAUUCUUUCAUUUCCCUGGACUGGUCGAGUUACUAAAAGAAGGGCAUGUUAUAGCUACACAAGCGCUCUUCAGACAGAUAAAAAGGAGCAAAUGCUUGGUCCAGCGGUGUCAUGUCAGGAAAGAAGAUAGAAACAAGCUGCGAUUUUUAUGAGGUCUGAAAAUUGUUCCAUGUUACCAGAUUUCUAAAACCUUAUGAGAAGAAUCAUCUUUCAGGUAAUGCAAACUGAGGUAUUUUUUUAAAUAAGAGAGAUGAACUGGGUUACUUCUCCACAAUAUUAAACCUAUAUAAAUGUUUCCUUGACUUCCUUAGUUAUACUUGAAAUGCCUUUAUGACUCAGAUCAUAAAAGAUCAGAUUCUCUGUUCUCCAAAGUAUGCACUGAGUUGAUAAUGAUGCUUAAAAACAACAAAAAAAAAAUCUAAAGCCCUGUUUGGUCUAUACAACCAAAAGAUUUCAUGGCGUUUUGAAAGGUGUGUCUAGGCAAGCCUGGAAUUUGUUUUAACCCCUAAUAUUGUGUCAUCUUUCACUGGUACUUAAAGCAUACCUUCUUCCCCUACUUGGCAAAAUGACUUUGUGGUCUUUCAGGGUAGGUAUGAUGCUAUUUCUCUGCCGUUAAAAGGCCAGGCCCAACGUCAGCUGAAGGUAGCACUGCUUCUAAUGGCCCCUGUCUCAUGUGUGUCCUUGGGCAUCAUGUGGGUCACAGGAAGAGGAACUUUUUAAAACUCCGAAGGAUGGCCCAGAUAUCCCCUGUCUUCAAAAUAUAACUUUGCUGAAUCUGAGCACCACCACUCCCACUUUGGGAAGAGAAACUUGUAAACAUGUUUCUGAGGGCGUGAAUUCCAAUUUUUUGUUUGGACGCAAAAGCUUAGGUAACCUCUGUCAUAUAUAAAGACUGUUUUGCUAAAUUACUUUUUCACAUUUCAGUUAACUUCCCCUAUGCUCAAAGCAAAACCUAAGUGCCGUUAUUAUGUUCAGAAGCUAAAGGAAACAAAGUAGUGAAUCACUUAUCAUUUGCUUUAGCCACCAUCUUCUAUGACUUGACUUAAUUAAAAUAUGGCAUUAAUUUCAAAACCAUUCAGCUAUAGAUAGAUAUUCAAAUGGUUAUAACAUAAUAAUGAUAGGCUUCAAAAUUUUGCUCAUUCAGUCUAAUGGUUAGUUUAUUUUAGGAAAUUCAGUCGAGCAAGAUGAACCUUGAAUAUACAGAUUAAUGCAAGGAAGGAAAUUUUAUGAUGUCUGUUAGUUAAUACAGAAGCCAAUCUUAUUAAUUAUGGAUUUACAGAAGGCUGUUUUAUUAGAUGUUAACCAUAGCUUAUGUUGACAAUUGAUUUUCAUUGUAGGACAACUAAAUUUAUUAUUUGUAAUAAGAUAAAGAUAAUUAAAUUGACUUUAUAAAGGUUACUAUCAUAAAUGUCAGUACCUGUGAAUAGCAAACAUAAAACUGCUUUAGCAGCGAAAAUUCAGUUGUGAUAGGUGCUUUUUUUCCAUUAUAUUUAACAGCGUCUGAACACUUUUAGCCUGUGUUUAAUUUUUUUUAGACUUUUUACCUCCUGCUGUGAAGAAUUGUUUGGGUUGAAACCUCACUUUCAGUUUAUUUUCUUUCCAAUAAAACAGGAUCAAAAUAUUUUUAAAGUUACAGAAGUAAAAUAAAACAUUAAAAAAAGCACUAAGUACAAAUGAGUUAUGCAAUGGAGUUUUGUCCUGUUAUUUCUCAAAUUUGUCAUUACAUUAUUCAGAAUAGUAUGUUGAAAAAGAUGUUGGAUCUAUGGUAAAAUCUGACUUUUAGUAGGCUUUAAGUAUUAAAAGAGUCAUUAUUAAGGAAGUUAAUUUGGACCUUGCAAAAAUAAGACUACUUGGAACUUGUUUAAUCUUUUUUAAUUGUAUUGCUUUUAUGACAUGUAUCUCCAUCCCUUAAUACCUUCCAUCCAUCUGGGUACAAUCUUUUGAAAACGUGGAGCAAUACAGCAAGUAUUAGAGAAUUUGGGAAAGCACCUAAAGUACUAUCUUCAAACCUACUGACAGUACAUUCCU